AGCUGCAAACAUCUGCGCAUGCUCCGAAUUCAGUCUGACACCAAUUUGACACGACGAAGACGGAUCAUUUUAACGGUUACCAUGACGACUUCGUGGAGCGACCGCCUGCAGAACUAUGCUGACAUACCCGCCAACAUGGAUGGUGUGGCCAUGAAGAAAUAUCGACGUGAAGCUCACCACAGCUUUCCAAGGGAUCUGGCUCAAAAUCAUCCUGCAAUGAGAGUGUUUGUUAACCGAAGCUUGGCCAUGGAGAAGAUCAAGUGUUUUGGUUUUGAUAUGGAUUAUACUCUUGCAGUGUAUAAAUCUCCUGAGUAUGAGUCACUGGGCUUUGACCUGACCGUGGAGCGAAUGGUAUCAAUUGGAUAUCCACAAGAGUUGCUCAACUUUGUCUACGACCCCUCAUUCCCCACCAGAGGUCUGGUGUUUGAUACGAUGUAUGGCAACCUGCUCAAAGUGGAUGCCUAUGGGAACAUCCUUGUGUGCGUGCAUGGCUUCAACUUUUUGAAAGGACCUGACAUCCGAGAGAUGUACCCCAACAAAUUUAUUCAGCGUGGAGACACAGACCGCUUCUACAUCCUCAAUACACUUUUCAACCUGCCUGAAACCUACCUCUUUGCAUGCCUGGUGGAUUUCUUCAGUAACUGUUCCAGAUACUCAAGCUGUGAAACUGGCUUCAAGGAUGGGGACCUUUUCAUGUCCUACAAGAGCAUGUUCCAGGAUGUCAGAGAUGCUGUAGACUGGGUUCAUUUCAAGGGAUCCUUGAAAGAAAAGACAGUUGAAAACCUGGAAAAGUAUGUGGUAAAGGAUCCGAAGCUUCCUCUGCUUCUCAGUCGCAUGAAUGAAGUAGCCAAAGUAUUCCUGGCCACCAACAGUGACUAUAAAUACACAGAGAAAAUCAUGACCUACCUGUUCGACUUUCCUCAUGGUCCCAAGCCCAGCACACCCCACCGACCCUGGCAGUCCUACUUUGACCUGAUCCUGGUGGACGCUCGCAAACCUGUGUUCUUUGGAGAGGGAACAGUGUUGCGGCAAGUCGACACUACCACAGGUCGGCUGAAGAUUGGUACAUACACUGGACCUCUCCAGCAUGGCAUCGUCUACUCAGGAGGUUCCUCAGACAUUGUCUGUGACUUGCUGGGUGCUAAAGGGAAGGACAUCAUCUACAUUGGAGACCACAUCUUUGGUGACAUUCUCAAGUCCAAGAAGCGUCAGGGCUGGAGAACUUUCCUGGUCAUUCCUGAGCUGGCCCAGGAGCUGCAUGUCUGGACUGACAAGAGCUCCAUAUUUGAGGAACUUCAGUCACUGGACUGCUUCCUCGCAGAGCUUUACAAGCAUCUGGACAGCAGCAGCAAUGAGAGGCCCGACAUCAGCUCACUGCAGAGACGCAUUAAGAAAGUCACCCAUGACAUGGACAUGUGCUACGGCAUGAUGGGAAGUUUGUUUCGCAGUGGGUCACGGCAGACGCUGUUUGCCUCUCAAGUGAUGCGCUACGCUGACCUGUAUGCUGCCUCUUUCAUAAACCUGCUGUACUACCCCUUCAGCUAUCUUUUCAGAGCUGCACAUGUCCUGAUGCCUCAUGAGUCGACGGUGGAACACACACACAUCAACUUCAUCGCCACAGAGUCGCCAUUGGCAACGCGAAAUCGCCACGACGUCGACCUCAAGGAGAUGGAAUGCAAACGUCAUCAGCUGACCCGAUCCAUCAGCGAGCUCCAGCCUCCCCACUUUUUCCCUCAGGCUCCACAGGAGAUCACCCACUGUCAUGACGAGGACGAUGACGAGGAGGAGGAAGAAGAGUAGAAGACAGUAACUGAGCCUGUCUCCAAUCCAGUGCAUCCAUUUGAAUGUUUAAGGUUGUCGUUUCUUUGUUUCAUAGCUACAGGACUGUAUUAGCAGAGGCUGGUGAUCAGAGCCAUUUGCACACUUGCUGAUAACAGAAGAGCGGUUACAGGUCUGCCACUUUUUAACCUGGUCUUGUACGUGGUUUGACCUACUGUAUAUAAAAAAGGGGAGUUUAGAUUUGUAUCUGUUACUAGUAGAUGAUUUACCCAACGAGGUAAUGAAAUGGUCCUGUAUACAGAGUGUAAGAGAUAAACUAUCUCACGUGUUUUUUUUUGUUUUUUUUCCCGAUCUUAUUUGGGCAUCAGUACAUUGAUCUGGAACGGAGUCAUUCAGUUAAAUUCAGUUUUAUCUAUAGCGCCAAUUACAGUUCAGAUUGUCUUAUGACACUUUAUACAACCUGUAUGGCCUGAACAUGUAUGCAUCCUUUUGUUUGUACUGUUCACUGCCCUGCCGCCCAGUUUUGUACCACAGCUCUCACUCUAAAACAUGAAAAACAAUGAGGUGAAAAUGUUAGCCUUAUCCUAAAGAAACAAUCCAACCUAACAAGGCCAAAAUGCCACGAAUUGAAACAGCCUCAUCAUCAUCAGCCUCAGCAUAUUUUUGGACUGUGGGAGGAAGCCGGAGUACCCGGAGAAAACCCACACAUGCACUGGGAGAACAUGCAAACUCCAUGCAGAAAGAUCCCAGGCCCACCCUGGGAUUUGAACCGGGGAUCUUCUUGCUGCAAGGUGGAAGUGCUAACCACUACUCCACUGUGCAGCCCCGAACUAUCAUCUGUUCUUAUUUUUGUUUAUUUUUUUUUCAAACUACAAAUUAUAUAACCACACAUCUAAGUGUGGGUUUCUACUUGAAUCAAAUCGAACUGCAGGUUGUGUAUUAAACAGCUGCAGAACCCAGAAUUAGUCAUGAAACAGCUCUACUUAAGAUAAAUGACAUUUGUUAAGCAGAGAGCUUGUAGGAUCUGCUGUGGUGGUAAGGUGAAGGUGUCAAAAUUAUAUCACUAGCUAUGUUUAUUUACCCUGUAGUUCCACACGCUGUAAUGCACAAACACACUUCCCUUAAAUCCGUAUUUUUAUGUGGUCUUGUUGCGUGUUCAUAAUAAUUCUGCCUCUCAGAAAAAGUAACAUUGUAAACGUGUAACAUUUAUCGGUGUUACAGCCAACAAAAUGGUUACAAUCGCAAAGGACUGUAAAAUGGCCUUAUUCAUCUGGCCUUGGGCUGACAUUGUCAUUAUUUGGAUAUUUUUGUUUAAGCGUAAUGAAAAAAAAUAGAACUUCCAAAAUUUUGACUUAUGAUUAAUCGUGGGCUGUGCAUUGGAUCGGUGGUUAGCACUGUUGCCUUGCAGCUAGAAGAUCCCUGGUUCAUGUCCCCACCUUCCUGGGAUCUUUCUGCAUGGAGUUUGCAUGUUCUCUCUGUGCAUGUGUGGGUUUUCUCUUACUUCCUCCCUCAAUCCAAAAACAUGCUGAAGUUAAUUGAUGACUCUAAAUUGUCCACAGGUGUGAAUUUGAGUGUGAUUGUUUGUCUGUAUAUGUAGCCCUGCGAUAAACUGGUGAUCUGUCCAGGGUGUCCCCUGCCUUCACCUUAAGUCAGCUCUGAUAGACUCCAGCCCUCCGUGAUCCUAAUGAGGAUUAAGCUGUGUGUAGACGACGGAUGGAUGGAUAAUUAAUGGUUUUCACCAGGUCAGAAUGUUGUUUUGAUUGCUGUCUGUUACAUUUUUCAAAAUACUGUCACAUGGUUUUAUCUAAGGCCCUGUUUGGACUGACACCCGGUCCAGAGUCUACUUUGUCUUUACCCCUAUGUGAACUGGAGGAUUCGUGCUUAUUGUGAUUUUUUUUUUUUUUUGUCAUUUGAACCACUUUGCUCAUUUGUCCUGACGUCCUCUACAGUGAGGUGAACAUGCUGCUGCUGUGACUGCUCUGAUCAGGUGUGUCACCAUUGUGCCUGAUGUCAGCAUGCUGGUACUGUAGUGUGACGUGGGCAGUGCUGUAUGUUAGUCUCCAGUUCAGUUCAUGGCGCCAGUUACAAUUCAGAUUGUCUCAAGUCGCUUUGCAGAACCCAGAUGGCCUGAACCACCUGCAGAUCGGCAUGAUGAGGGUGUAAUUGUGCAUCUUCUCAUAUUGUAGUGCUUUUAUUUGAUUUUCAUGUUUUUAUUCCUGCCCAGUGGUUUAACUCCAGGGCCUUUUUAACAAAAAAUAUACAUUUGCAAGAGUGACCACAAAGUAAAUAAUAUGUGGGAUUGAGUUUUUGUUGUUUUUUUUUCCUGAGUGAUAUUUUGCUGCAUGUGUUGCAACCUCACACAGUUAUUCAUAUCAUUAGCUCAAGCUGCUUCAUCCUGUUUGGGCUAGAAAAAAAAUACACAUUUUUGCUGUCCUCGCUGUGGGUCAGAACUUUUUUCUGCUGCCUUGAGGUCUUGAGGGGACUGGAAACGAGUUGAUUUUGGGAGCACUAUGCUGUAUUCUUCUGCUGCUAUUGAAAUACAGGUUUCAGGGUAGGAAAUGCUUCUAUAUUGAGCAGUGCCGAUGGUUUUGCAUUUUCAGUUUUCAUAUCGACUCAUUUUGCCUCUGCUGUUCAUGGUAAUUUGCUGUUAGCUGUUUUGAAAGCUUUUGAAGCAUAGGCUUUAAUAAUCAGGCAUGCUCAAAUGUAAAGUGAACCAAAUGAAUGUAUUUAAUUGUACCAGCAACGGUUAAUGCUUGUGCUGAUGUUGCUUUUUUUUUUCCCCAUUUUUUUCAGAUGUUUUCUUUGUUUUGAAGAAUGUUGAAAAGUGGCGUCACAACAGACAUGGUGGUUUGAAUCAUGGCUGAUGUUUGUUACACAUCUUCUGGUCUCAUUUCUGAGUUUUCAUUUCUUCUCAGACUUGCACCUCACACCGAAUGCCUCGGAAUAAACACAUUUCAUUAUACAAUGACUUUAGUUUAGUAAAUUAACUGAAUUCUAUGAGGAGCAAACUCUGACUAGAGACGUGUUGACACGUGCAGCAAGAGGUAACGAAACUCAGCAGUGUGGACUCGAGGACACCGUCAGGGUCAAGCAGCUGUUGGGCCUUCAGGCCAAUGAUACGUUUUGUCCUUUUGCCUCCAGUCAAGAGCUGGGGCUGAUAAUGAGCCAAUAAAUACUCCUGGUUACAGUUA